UUCCAGUCUCAAAACAGGCGAGCACGCUGUAUCAUGUUAGUCCGGAGAAAACUCGAGUAUUUCGUAAGAAAGAAAGGAUUUUACCCAUACUUUGACGACUCGACGCAGCCACACAGCGAGAUUUUCGUUUUUAGUCCAGUGAAAAGAAAAUCCAUUGAAAUAUUAACGAAAAUUAACUGGCAAUAUAGCCUAAGUUACUGAGCCAUCAAUUCGGUGUCAUCUCAAGUGAGGUGACGCCAGCAAAAAAAAAAGAAGAAUACGAAGAAACUGAACGAGCAGGCAAACUUUUGUGAAGUGAGAUUUUAUACACCUCUAGUCUAAUAAAUUUAAAAAAACUAAUUGAUAACGAAGAUUAAGAAGCUAAUUGAAUUGAAGUCAGGUUAAUUAUAUGAUUGGUUUUGUCGCAUGAAAUUUAAAAUGGAUCUCUGCUCGCCUCACAUCGUCCCCGGAGAAGCAUCAGAAACGGAUGAAGACGAUAUCGAUUACGGACAGAUCGUACGGAUCGAAACCGGCCCCGAUGGUCCCCCUCCAAUUACCAUCAGCACUUCUCAGCGACAAUCGGCGUUUGCAUAUGGCGAAGAAGCAGUGGACCAAUUCCACACCCUCUCCGAAGUGGAUUUCCAACAGUUGCAGUUCCAAAGACUAAUCAACGAACGGUGCGUUUCUCUUUUAAACGAGUUCAUCCACACGACGGCCGUUUCCGUUUCGAGGCAACUGACCGAAACUGACAAUUUGCUGAUGAAAUCACAGAUAAUACUGCAAAAUACAACAAUAGCUGUAAAAAAGAUCAAUGAAUCAACAGAACAAGUGGCGUCUAAACUACAGGAUACGCUAUCGUCAAGCUUUAUUCCUAGCAUCAGAGUUGAAUGAUAAUAUUGAGUUGCAAUAAAAUAUUGUGUUUAUAACAA